GCGACGAUCAAACCAAAUCCGAAUCCGAAUGAGUCGGUGGCUUCAACUUCAAGCGCGCCUUCUUCCUCGGGUUUCGUUGGUGUCAUUUCCCCAAACCGGACCUCAUGGACGCUCAAGUACUUAUGUAACUGAGAUACUACGGGACCAUGUGGAAGUGCCAUCAAAUAAGAAUACCCCUAAUGGGUUUAGAACAUUUUGUAGUGGCAAAGAUCUAACAGUGAAGAAAUGUGUGCCAUGCAACAUGGAGGAUUUGAGGCCCAUGACUGAACAAGCAGCCAAGCAACUGAUCAGAAAGGUUCCUGAAUGGGACUUGGUAAAUGAAGGUGGUAAACUGAGGCUGAGUAGGUCAUGGAAAGUCAAGACUUUCUUGAAAGGUUUGGAUUUCUUUCAGGCUAUUGGUAAUCUUGCGGAAGCAGAAGGUCAUCAUCCAGAUUUUCAUCUUGUUCGGUGGAAUAAUGUGAAGAUUGAGAUAUGGACCCAUUCUGUUGGUGGACUUACUGAGAAUGAUUUCAUACUUGCUGCUAAGAUUGAUCAGCUUGACCUGCACGACCUUCUGAGCAGGAAGGCUUCUCAUUGAUCCGCAUCGCCAAAAAAAAGAAGAAAAGAAAAAUGCCCCCUAGUCCCUUUAAUGCUUGGAAUUUCUGUUAAUAAGUUGUGGAUUUUGAUAUUUCAGACUUGUCCUGGAGGCUUUAAUCCAUGACUUUGGGCGUCAUGGAUGGAUCUUGUUCUUGUUUGAGGAAGAAUUCGUGAAUUGCAUUUGCGUGCUUUAAUUCAAGGGUUUCAUGA